CAGUGUCCCUUCCAAUUGUGCGGUUGAAGAUAGCCCAAAAGAUCACUAUGCUCUGAACUGAACUAGGCUCUUCACUUUCCCUUUUCCUUUCACGACAUAGCAAUUUCAACAAUGUCAAUAGCGACGUUUUCAUUGGCUCCUUCUACUCACCUCCCAACUCACUCUCCUCCGAAAACCCAGUUAUUCUACAAGCCUGAUUUUUCUCUGAGACCCUCCAAAAAGCUUCAGUAUUUGGUACCCGUUUUUUCCAGUGCAGACGAGGGGUCUGGAGUAGCUGCUGCGAUUACAGUGGAGGAUGGGAUACCCUCUGAAAGUCCUUUAAGUGCUGGGGAUAAUCUGGGUUCUAAUGGGUCUCCGCCGCUCGCUGAAGCUCCGGAGCCGGCGAAGGCUGAGGUGGUGGAGACUGAGAAUAAAUUUCAGGACCCCAGAUGGGUUGGAGGAACUUGGGACUUGAAGCAGUUUGCAAAAGAUGGGAAGACGGAUUGGGACGCUGUUAUUGAUGCUGGUGGCUUCUCAAUCUUCUCUCUCUAUGCUGCUUGUGUUAUGCUUACAUACAUACAUAGAUACAUACAUAAAUACAUACAUACAUACAUACAUACAUAUAGACAUAUACAUUUACAAUCAUAUUGUUUCUGGUGUUAAUAAUGUGAGAGAAUGAUUUAUGACAUUUGGAAGCGGAGGGGAUUAAGCAAUUGUUUCCUACGUACUUAGAGCAUCCCCAAGACACUAUUUAUAAAGAGCGUCUUAUGCAUCAUAGAGAACAUAUAUAGAUUCAGAGAGUAAAAAAUUUUAUGCACCACAACAAUGUUCUCUCUUUUGGCUCUUCAUUUUGCUUUUCUCAAGAAUAUUUAUUGAUUUCUUUUCAUAUUGUAUUUAACAUAAUUUUUCAUAUGUCAAUGGCAAAUCAAUUUAAAAAGUUAAAAUAGAGUCUCUUGGAGAUUACUUUUAAGCAUUAGCUCUUUAAAAUAAAGAGCAUUUUGUAUUUACAGAGGCUCUUGGAUAUGUUCUUAUAUCUUGAAAAAGUGAAGGCAAAAUGAAAAAAAAAAAAAAAAA